AUUGAGUCCACUUUAGAAAACACUGAUCAUGGAAGUUAUGUCAUUACUGGAUGUUUUGGUGUCUAAGAUAAUUUAUACAGAUUAUGAAGUGUUACAAUAUAUAUCUUACGUGUAUUUUGUUAGUUCUGCUUUUGUUCUUCUGUUGUUACAAUUUUUAAGCGCACCGUAUGGGCGUUAUGCAAGAUCUGGAUGGGGAUGUAAGCUGAACGCAAAAGUUGCCUGGUUUAUUCAAGAACUUCCAUCUUUCGCGGUUCCAGUGAUUUUAAUUUUUGCCACAGACACUUGGAAGUCAAUAUCUGUGUGUAGUAAAGUUACAAUUGCCUGCUUUAUUUUGCAUUAUUUUCAAAGAACUUUUAUUUUCUCGUUCCUGAUCAGAGGAGGAAAACCAACACCAUUUGUAACAUUUGCAAUGGCUUUUUUAUUCUGUGUAGUCAAUGGUUAUUUACAAGGAGGAUAUCUUCUCUUUCACGCCCCACGAGAUGACCACAAAUGUGUUACAUCACCACAGUUUAUUACAGGUUUAAUCAUGUUUUUCACUGGUAUGGUAAUAAACAUUCAUUCUGACCAUGUUUUGAGAAAUUUGAGGAAACCAGGUGAAACUGGAUACAAGAUACCUCGUGGUGGCAUAUUCAACUACAUCUCAGGUGCUAAUUUCUUUGGUGAGAUUCUAGAAUGGUGGGGAUUCUUUGUUUUAUGUCCCUCAUUACCAAGUUUAGCUUUUGCUGUUUUUACCACUUGUAAUAUAGGUCCACGUGCUUUACAACAUCACAGAUGGUACCUACAAAAAUUUGAAGAUUACCCAAGGAACAGAAAAGCUGUUAUACCAUUUAUUCUGUAGAAAAAGGAACUGCAGAUUAAGAAUUAAUAUUACUUAGGAACGUGAAAUACUGACACUCUAAAAUAUCGUUUAACACAUUGAUCUCAUAAUACUAUAAUUAGAUAAUGGUGCAUGUUUUGUUGUGUUGUUUUGUUCUGUAGUGAUGCAGUUUCAUUUCUUACAUCAAUUCACAAUAAACUACAGACUCAUUUUAA